CAUUUAGAUAAGAAUAAACUUUGAGGUGAUCCCUAAAAUGUGGGGUAUGUUUGAAUAAGCUCCCUGUUAGCAGCUCUCUAGGGCCAACAAUGUGGCUAAUGCUAGCAAGAAGAAACUUGUCGAGCGAAGUAACGAGUUUGUCAUAGAAAUGGAAAAGCGGUUGGAAGACACGCUUCGGAUCGGCCACAACGACAAAGAGUCCAGUAAUUCUUCACAGGCCCUCCUGAGGACGACCAUGGUAAUACAGGACAGCUCCAUCCCAUCAGCACCCCCACCUCAGAUACGCAUUUUGAAACGGCCCGCCAGUAACGGGUCCUUGGCUUCGUCCAUGAAUCAAAACAGACCGGCGCCGCAGGUGAAGUCUCUGGCCCAGCGAGAAGCAGAAUACGCCGAGGCCCGGAAAAGAAUACUGGGCAGCGCCUCCCCAGAGGAUGAAGCUCAGGACAAGCCCGCCAAUGACAGGCCCGGACGCAAUAACUCUACGCUGCCUUCAGAGGACUCCAGAUCAAACAAUCACACUAUCCGGCAGCCCGCCGCCCCCGACGGAACCCAGGGGUUCCGGCAGCACAGAUAAGCCGGUCUCAGGGCGACCCGGCCAUCUAGGGGAGAGAGGUCAAGGGUCAUCAGGGGUCAACAGGACCGUCUUCUGAAAACUGGCUUCCCUGGAUCAGACGGUCCCGGCCGCUGCAACCCUUCAGGAAGCAGGGGACGCCGGACGGAACGUCCUCCCCCCCACACUGCGCUUUAUUUUGGCACUGUGAUUAUGGACGUCUUCUGGACUCACUGUGAUUACCCCCCCCUUUAAGAGACACCGCCGCCGCGGUCGGGAUCAAAGAAACACUGAUGAGGUGAAGCGAGGUGCCAUAUCCAAACGAGAUGAGCUGGCUCUUCAGCAGCCCCCUCCUCCCCCCAGCAAUAAUUCAAGUCUUCACCUUCUCUGGUUUUAAUUUUCUUUUAAUCGCUCGAUGCGCUGACAUCUAAAGACCGAAGUUCUUUUGGGCCACAGAGAACCUUUUUUAUGACCCUAGUAUUGGUUCAAACAUCUGCAGUUCUUCUCAAAAGUUUUUGCACUUUUCUUUGGCAGUGAAAACAUGAAAUCAUUUGGUUCCUAAACUGUAAACCGCUUCACCACGAGGCUGCACUUUGGCCAAGAACCCAGCAGAGCGUUACGUGUCGGCGCGCGCCGCCUGUGGUUUUUAAACGCCGCCUUUUUCAUUCAGGUUCCGUUGUUUUUUCGUGGUUUCUCUGCGGCCUCGCUCGGCUUUUACGGUAGCCUUUUCUGUUUGUAUGUUAAACAGACAUUUGGAGCAGUAUUUUAAUAGAAAUGAGCCCAAAGCCCUUUGAAACCCACAAAUGUCAUCGUUUGAAGGCGCCGUCGGCGGCAGCAGCAGCUUACAGGGAGACGGAGGAGGGAACUUCCUGCUGUACGUCACCCCCCUCCCUCUGUCUCCACCUCUUCAGGUCCUCUGGAGAACAGCCUGUUGGAACUCAGGUCCAUGUCGGUAAUCCAACCAACCGGGAUUGUAUUCGUACGGCGGGUCGGCCCGCUCAGACGGUAUGAAGCUUGGCACAGAGACGGUGCUGGCUAAAGCUGAACUGAAUGCUAGUUGUUUUGUUUUUUUGUCACUGCAUCGUCGCUCCGUGAGGAAUCUCCAGGAAACAUCUCAGCGCUGGAACAUCAGGAGGACCCACAGGAGCGUCCUGUUCUUCACCUGCUCACACGUCACAAAGCCAUAUUUGGUGGUGGAACAGUCUUUUUCGGAUGGUUGAAUUCAGCUUGUGCCUCCUGUAGGACAUCUUUACUUCCUGCUUUAGUUCAGAAAACCUGCAAUAUGAUGCGAGCAGCCGGGCUCAAACUGCCUGUAAAUACGAUUUAAUAAACAGAUUUACUACA